AUGAAGGACAAGCUAGAAGUUAGCCAGCCCAUCUGCCAGGCGGCCUAUCAGAAUGACCUGGGUCAAGUGUGGCGGUGGGUGAGGGAAGACGGCAACUAUGUCAACAUCCAAGACAGCUUUAAUGGAGACACCCCCUUGAUCUGCGCUUGCAGGCGGGGGCACAUGAGAAUUGUUUCCUUCCUUCUGAGAAGAAAUGCUGAUGUGAAUCUCAAAAACCAGAAACAGAGAACCUGCUUGCAUUAUGCCGUGAAGAAAAGAUUUACCUUCUUUGAUUAUCUACUCAUUAUCCUCUUAAUGCCUGUCCUGCUUAUUGGGUACUUCCUCAUGGUGUCAAAGACGAAGCAGAAUGAGGCUCUUGUACGGAAGCUGCUUAAUGCUGGUGUCGAAGUUAAUGCCACAGACUGUUAUGGCUGCACUGCGCUACACUAUGCCUGUGAAAUGAAGAACCAGACUCUCAUUCCUCUGCUCCUUGAAGCCCAUGCAAACCCCAUGAUAAAGAAUAAGCAUGGUGAGACUUCCCUGGAUAUUGCACAGAGAUUAAAAUUUUCCCAGAUUGAAUUAAUGCUAAGGAAAGCAUCAUAA